AGGCUCACCGGCUCGCACGAGCUGAUCUGGAGCGACAAGAGAACUGAGAUCCAAUUGGGUCCGAGCUCCCAGAACUUCAGAACCGAACCACCCGCGCUACGACAUGGACCCUGUCUACUCCGACAGCAGCUGCGACCUGUUCCCAAACACCGACGACGAGGACAGCCGCGGCUCGUCCCCGAGGCGCGCGGCCCGACAGCCCGAGCUGCAGAAGAAGCGGCGCCGCGGGCGCGCGCGCGGCGACCCAACCACGCAUGUGGUUAAGAAGAACCGGCGGCUGAAGGCCAACGACCGUGAACGGAACCGGAUGCACAACCUGAACGAUGCGCUGGACGAGCUGCGGGGGGUUCUGCCCGCCUUCCCGGACGAGACCAAACUCACCAAGAUCGAGACUCUGCGGUUCGCGCACAACUACAUCUGGGCCCUGUCCGAGACCAUCAGGAUCGCGGACCUGCAGGCUCCGCUGGCCCUGUCCGAGACCAUCCGGAUCUCGGACCUGCAGGCUCCGGUUCUGCUCAGUCCGUCCCGCAGCCCGGACUCGUGCUCCUGGAGCUCCAGCGGCUCCCCGUCCUCCUCCUCCUCUGAUCACUGCGCCUCCUCCCCGGGCAGUCCCGGGGGACCGGAGGACUUCCUGCGCCCGGACUCGCUGUUCGGGUUCCGCAGCUUCGUGCCGCGCAUCUACUGAGGAGACCCGAACCAGAGAGACCUGUUCAGACUCAUGCGCGGCGCGCGCGCUCAACUGGUGUCGGAACCAUCAGAACUUGCUGCAGAACUCCAGUCUGAGCUCAGAACGGAUUUUACAAGAGUUUUAUUUUUUUCAGAUUUAUAGUUUGUGUUUUUCCCUUCAGAACCCUUUGACCAUUGACCCCUGACCCCGCAGGUUACAGUCUGGAGGUGAAAAGUUAAAUAAUUUGUAAAAAAAAAAAAAAUUAAAAUUAAAAAAUAGGCGUGAAAAUCCAGGAGCCUGCACACCCCCUUCAUGUUUGUUAGAUUGUUAUUUAUUUGUUUGUCUCAUGAAAUUUGUACAUAAAGAGAUUUUUAUUCUA